CUCUUCCGUCACUUGUUCUCGUGACGGCUACAACUUCUCGUUUUCAUGCUGAGCAAGAUACUUGAUUGAGUUUGAUUGAAUUUGCAAAAAUCUAUGUAUCGGAAUUAAUAAUUGAACGACGUUUUUCGCGUAUAAGAAGUAGCAUCGCUACGGGAUUUUUUUUUUUUUUUGAGAACGCACGUCAUAACGGAUCGCCGAUCGAACAAAUUGACAGUUUACCGGACUCGCUGAACCGAGUGGCGUUCAUUUCCAAGCGUACUUACGACAGAGGCAGGGGAAUUUGACGUGAAUCGACCAUCCCGUUUAUGCCGUGCCGGAGAAUCAUCAGAAGUGAUAACAGGCAGGAAAACUUUAUCGUCGGAGAAAUACGCGUAUCAGAGAAAGAACAACUGUUGAAAGGAUAAUUAUUGACAAACGAGCUGCCUGAAGGUGUCAUGUUUUGACAACCAUAAAGUGCCAUUGCCAUUGUAACAAAGUAAGAAAUUUCAAAGAUGGACAAAAACAAUGACAAGAACUCUGCAACGCGAGAUUCGUUACGCGGUGAUGAUGACACGUACGCCGUAAGGGGAGGACAAGGGCGACUGGUGGGCUUUCAAUAUCAGCUGAAAGUAUUGACGCUUUUUAUGGUACGAGGAAUACGACAAAAUCGCGAAUUUUCCUUAAUAACUGAAAUGGAAGCCGCAAGAAGUUUUGACGAUUUGGUACUCAGUUAUAAACCCAACGCUGAUACCGACGUGAAGGUAUACCGAUUCGUUCAAGUAAAACAUAGCCAGAAUGAGUCCCGGGAAAUCAAUGUCGCGGAUCUUUUCGAUACAACCUCUGACUUUGCAUUGAAAAAGUACUUUGAUUCCUACUGUCAGAUAAAGAGCGAUCCCAUAUUUGAUAAAGACGAAUUGAAAGAUUUCAUUAUUUACACAAACAUCGAUUUGGUAGAGGAUAAUUUUGAGUUACAAGAGAUCGAACUCAUUGCGGAUAACCAAUUUGACGAGUUUCUUGAUACCGAAACUAAUGAAAUAAAAAGCAAACGAUACAGAUUUAGCAACACAGGCCCGUCAAAAGUUUAUGAAAAUUUAGCAUCGGAAGCGUAUAACUUGGCGCAAAUAUUGGUUAAAAAAGUUCUUAAUUCCGAGAAAUUAUCCAAUGAAAUUGCAAUUAUUAAAAAAUAUCGCAUUGCUCUGACAAGGGAAGUUAUUAAUGUGAGCGGGAAAAGAAUUUCCGACAAUUUCAUUGAAGGAAAAGGUUUGUCCAAUGGGGCGGAAAAUUUCCGCAAUGAAUUUUAUUCUCAGCUCUUACUUCAAAUGGAAUCACAGAAAGACUACGCCGACCCAGAAGAAGUAUGGAACGAGAUAAGAAGUAAGUCUAUCACAUUCUCCGCCAGUUUCAUUUCGGACUCAGAAUUGGAAAAUAUUAAAGAAUUGUCCGACGAAUUCAAACAUUUGUUACAAUAUGCUGUUAACAAAGAAGUCAAAAUAGGAAUGUGGCAAAGAAAUAUCCCACAGAAAAGUAGCCAAAAGAUUUCUGCACCGAACAUUGAAGGCAAUAUCGUCACGCUGUCGAAAUACGUCUUCACCGAACCAACUCUAGACAAGAUUAAAUUUCGACCAGAGUUUUUAAGAAAUGUUGUCAGGCAGCCCGAAAGCAUCUUCAAAUUAAAGAAACUUUUCGAGUCGAACAUGGGCGAUAUAUUCAACGAUCUCGAGGAAUAUCAGUUUGAAGUUUUUAAUUUCAACACUCUUUUGAAAAAGAAAAUACUUUCGAUGAGCACGUUUCCCGACAUUAACGUCAACGACAAAGAAAUCCCCGGUUUCCUUGACAAACUAAUUCUUGCGGUAAAACAGCCGAACGAUCGUGAACUUGGCGAUAUAUUGGAGAACGAGUUGGGCGAUUGCAUAUCAGAUUUCGGUCAUGCCGAUAUUUUUAUCGAAUUGUUUGAACGGGACAUGCGAAAAUGGUUUUUGCAAAAAGUAGGAUCAUCUUUAACAAACACAAGUGGACUUGAAUUCCUGAAUGAAACCAAGAACAAAAUCGUGGCGUCAGGGUUGCGCUUUGUGCACCAGGAGAAACUGGAGAAUUACGGGAUUAAUUUCAGAGAGGAAAAUCGGGAAUUGACGGCCUAUUUAGCUCCAGAAAAAUUGUGCAACGUGAACAGAGCCUUGAAUUUUGUUGCAACCGAGGGGACAACUACAGCGGCUAUCGAAGUUUACCAAACGAUCAAGAAAGCACCCAGGCUUGGAAACAAAUAUGACAGUAUGAUCAUUCAUUUCAACUAUAUGUUGUUACCCAGGACCAGAAAACAUGUAAUCGAUACAUUUGGAAUGCAGGACCGAUAUAUUUGUCUGGUCGUUGUAUCUGAACGGUGCGAUGGCCAGGAACAGGCAUUGAGUACAUUGUAUGACGAUUUACUUAAAAUAAUGAUGAAUGACGGGUGUGAAAAUAAAAAACUGAUUUUUAUUACAAAAAUGGAGUUAGGUUUGCGAAACUGUAGUCAGAUUCGCUGUAAAUUAAAUUUUAACGAUCUUACGGAUGAGUCACAGGAAAAAUUAUUGAAUAAACGGAUCGUUAGUUUGCAAGGUCAAAAAGAAAGCAUGAGUUUUGCAGAAUUAUUCCAAAUCCGUGCACUAGAGAACAUAGAUUUGAAUGAUUUAAAAAACUUCAGGAACGCGAUAGACUCAAGAACGUUAGAGAAGCUGAUCAUUAACGGAGAUAAUAUAAAAAUAGGCUCACCCUUGGAGAGUUUGGAUUCAAUCGAAAAUUAUUUUAUCGAUCGUACAUUCCAUCGACGAGUUAUCAUCAAGGCCACCGUUCUUGAGUCGUUAAACACAUCCGAUAUCUACGCUGUCAGCCACGCCGACCAGAGUAACUUACGAUACCUAGAAAUGAAAGGAAAAACAAAACGUUUUCAGGAAAUUGAUUCCUCGGAACGGCAAGUUCCCGGAUUCGUCAAGUUAAACCGUGGUGAAGAGAAGGAACAUUUCGAAAAGCUGUGUAACACAUAUCCGAACCAUAACGUUCAUUGGCUUAUCGCCAGAGAGAAGGAAUUAUCAUGGGUACGAUCAAAAGGUAGCAUUACUACUCUACUGGAACACAGAGACACUAGGGACAAAUUUUCUUAUGACUGCAAAUACGACGUGUGUAAAACAACAACCCUUGAUGCGUUGGUUGAUGAACUGUCGUCUCAGGAUGUGGGGCCCGUAAUUGUUUCCAAUACCGCGGGCAUGGGAAAAACAACGAUCCUAACUCAUUUCGCGAAGAGAAUACAAGAGAAAAAUCCUAAAAUGUGGGUGGUCCGAAUUAAUUUAAACGAUUUUACACAUGUUUUGAAUAUGGAAAAAAAAUCAAGAAAUGUCAAAAUAGGAUAUAACGAAAGCGCGGUCGAGUUUCUCAUCAACCAUUUACUAAAUCUUAAUGCUGAAUUGGAAAGGGUAAUUUUGAAAGAAUUGAUCACAAAACGGGGUGGCGUGGCCUUGUUGUUCGACGGAUUCGAUGAAAUAAGUCCGGACUACGAUGAUACGGUGAUAGCCGUACUGCAAGCGAUUAAAGGAUAUAACGCAGCGAAGUUGGUCGUUACCACCAGACCUCACAGGCAGAGUUUGUUAGAAAAUACGCUUGAAACAUUUUCUCACGUCUUGAAACCGUUUUCUCAGGAAGAUCAAAUCAAUUUCCUGGUCGGAUUUUGCGGAAAAUUUGGUGAUCAAGCCCUCGAAACGCAGCUGAGAAUACGUGCUGAAGCUGUGUUGAAUAAAUUUGCAACUUCAAUUCGAUCUGAUGGUCUGAACGAAUUCGCUGGUGUUCCACUGCAAACGCGUAUGAUUGCCGAAGUAUUCUUUCGAGAUAGUGACGAUAUGGUUUCAGUGGAGCCGAAUGUGUCAGAUGAUGUCAAAAUAGCUGAUCUGUAUCGAAUGUUCGUUGACAAAAAGUUCGAAAUAUAUUAUCAAGAAAAGAAUAAAUACGACCUAAGCAAUCCUGGAACAAAAGAACAUAUUGAGCAUUGGAAGACAAAAUUUCUUCAGGAAUAUCGACGAUUAGCUAUGUACACGUUACUCGAAGAAGAAAAUUCAGCUACUUGGAAUUUGUCUCGGAACGAAAUUGAGAACGUGACAGAAUUGAUCGCCAAGAUAAGUAGAGGUUCACGGCGAACUGGUAUCGUGACAGAUGUAAUCAACCACAGAGCUCAUUUUAUCCAUCGAACUUUCAUGGAAUACUUCGUAGCGAGCUACUUAUUUCAACACCUCGGAAUAUCUGAAGAGAACGAUUCAACCAGGCAGUUAGAAUCGUUCAUUUUACAUGAAAUUCUCCAGGAGUCACGAUACUACGUAGUUCGCGCCUUUCUGAACGAUCUGUUAUCCAAACCGCCAGUAAACUCGACACCUGAUCCUCUUCCAUGGGAGGUAAAAAAGAUCGACAUCGUAGAUGACGAAACCAGCUUCAACAUUUUUCAGACCGCUGUGAAUGAAAGUAACUAUAAGCUCAUGAAAUUCUUUUUUACUCGGCUUGUGAAAAAUGUUUCAAAUUCACAGGAAUGGAUUAACGUUAAGCUCAGGGAGCCAAUAACUGAGGAAACUCUGAUGCAUAUGGUGCUUCAGAAAAAUCGUUAUAAAACAUAUCCGAAUUCAUCAGAUGCAAACAUCUUGGAAGUUGUUGAAUGGUUGCUGAAGCAAAAAGCUGACGUUAAUGCUACUAAUGUUUACGAAACUACACCAAUGCACAAAGCUGCUCAAACUGGGCAAUUGGUGAUUUUGCAAUUACUGGCGGGUCAGCGAGAUGCUGAUGUAACAGCUCGAUGUCUUAUGGGGGAAACAUUGCAGCACAUGGCAGCUGAGAGUGGAAACUUGGAGAUGCUCAAAUGGCUAAUUGCUGAGCAGGGCUGCGAUGCCAAAGUUGAAGAUGAUUUGGGGAAAACAUUGCAGCACGUCGCAGCUGAGCGUGGAAACUUGGAGAUGCUGAAAUGGCUAAUUGUUGAGCAGAAGUGCGACGUCAAAGUUAAAGAUGAUUCGGGGAGAACAUUGCAGCACGUCGCAGCUGAGCGUGGAAACUUGGAGAUGCUGAAAUGGCUGGUGGACGAGCCGGGCUGCGACGUCAAAGCGAAAGAUGAUUCGGGGAGAACACUGCAGCACGUCGCAGCUGACCGUGGAAACUUGGAGAUGCUGAAAUGGCUGGUGGACGAGCAGGGCUGCGACGUCAAAGCGAAAGAUGAUUCGGGGAGAACACUGCAGCACGUCGCAGCUGACCGUGAAAACUUGGAGAUGCUGAAAUGGCUGGUGGACGAGCAGGGCUGCGACGUCAAAGCGAAAGAUGAUUCGGGGAGAACACUGCAGCACGUCGCAGCUGAGCGUGGAAACUUGGAGGUGCUGAAAUGGCUAAUUGUUGAGCAGGGCUGCGAUGCCAAAGUUGAAGAUGAUUCGGGGAUAACAUUGCAGUACGUAGCCGCUAAAAAUGACAAUUUGGAAAUGCUGAAGUGGCUGGUGGACGAGCCGGGCUGCGACGUCAAAGCGAAAGAUGAUUCGGGGAGAACACUGCAGCACGUCGCAGCUGACCGUGAAAACUUGGAGAUGCUGAAAUGGCUGGUGGACGAGCAGGGCUGCGACGUCAAAGCGAAAGAUGAUUCGGGGAGAACACUGCAGCACGUCGCAGCUGACCGUGGAAACUUGGAGAUGCUGAAAUGGCUGGUGGACGAGCAGGGCUGCGACGUCAAAGCGAAAGAUGAUUCGGGGAGAACACUGCAGCACGUCGCAGCUGACCGUGAAAACUUGGAGAUGCUGAAAUGGCUGGUGGACGAGCAGGGCUGCGACGUCAAAGCGAAAGAUGAUUCGGGGAGAACACUGCAGCACGUCGCAGCUGACCGUGGAAACUUGGAGAUGCUGAAAUGGCUGGUGGACGAGCAGGGCUGCGACGUCAAAGCGAAAGAUGAUUCGGGGAGAAUACUGCAGCACGUCGCAGCUGAGCGUGGAAACUUGGAGGUGCUGAAAUGGCUAAUUGUUGAGCAGGGCUGCGAUGCCAAAGUUGAAGAUGAUUCGGGGAUAACAUUGCAGUACGUAGCCGCUAAAAAUGACAAUUUGGAAAUGCUGAAGUGGUUGGUUGAAGAUCGAGGCUGCGAUGCCAAAGCCUCACAUGAUUCGGUGAGAACACUGCAGCACGUCGCAGCUGAGCGUGGAAACUUGGAGAUGCUGAAAUGGCUAAUUGUUGAGCAGAAGUGCGACGUCAAAGUUAAAGAUGAUUCGGGGAGAACACUGCAGCACAUGGCAGCUGAGCGUGGAAACUUGAAGAUGCUGAAAUGGCUGGUGGACGAGCAGGGCUGCGACGUCAAAGCGAAAGAUGAUUCGGGGAGAACACUGCAGCACAUGGCAGCUGAGCGUGGAAACUUGAAGAUGCUGAAAUGGCUGGUGGACGAGCAGGGCUGCGACGUCAAAGCGAAAGAUGAUUCGGGGACAUCACUGCUGCAGGUGGCUAUUGAAAGUAGGAACUGGGAAAUAGAAAAGUGGUUGGUGGAAGGCAAAGAAGUGAUGAUAACGUCUUAGAUAUUCUGAGUUUUUGUUAAUUUUUUUCGUUUUCGAGGUUCUGCGGCACCAGUCGGAAAAUUGGUGGCGACUUUAGUUGAAUCACCGGACGGGGACUUGGCGAGUAUUUUGAAAGAGAAAGACGUCCAGUACGUGCGUAGCUACAGACGCGAGCUGACCGAGCUGACCGAGCUGAUGUGACAUCACUGAUGACUGACGUGAGGCUAUGGAGGAAGCGCCAACUUCAAGGUCAUGCAGUACUCCUACCCCUACCGACCGACCACCCAAAAAAAAGCUAAGCCGUGCGCCCAGCUGAUCGUCAGAGCAUUUUAUUCAGAAAAUUAUUGCAAUUCCAAAAUUUCGUCUAGCAGCCGCAAAAUUGCAUCAAAACAGUCUGACAAUGGCUCACUUUACUUCUCAUUUUUUCCGAAAUUGUGAAAAGUAUCUCAGCUAUGUACUUUCUGGCCUUUGAAAUGCGGGAAAUGUGGGAAUAGUAACACGUGUCAAAUAACCACAUGUUUUUUCAAGAUCUACGGGAUAUGAGUAAUUUUCCUGACUCCCGCUACAAAAGAGCGAUGCACCGUAGAAAUUUUAACCCUUUCUGAUCGGUUUUUUAAAUUUAAUGUGGGAAGAAGAAAGGGUGAGUUUGCUCGAUCGGUAAGAGCGGGACUACUACAUGACCGUCAGCUCUGCCGCGAGGGACACGAAGGUGGAUGAGAUUCCCGCCGCUUAGUCAUCGACGCAUCGCGAAGACACCACCACGCCAAUGUCGAGGGAUGGUACAUCGACAAAUUCAUCAGCCAACGAGCAUUCUGCGACAAUUGCAAUACGCUAGAUUUUAAGAAUGUCGGAACCGACAACCAAUAAGAAUCGGACAGUCUUGCGAUUAACAGCACUUAUGUUUCGAAUUUUCGACGUCACACCCUUGUUCUGGUGAUUUCAUGAGAUAGAUAGUCUUUGGUUUUUUGGUGGGAUAAUUGGAUGUAGAGAUUGUGAGAAAAGAAGUUGUGGAUGACGUCAUUGGAUCGAGUUACGAAACGAAUGGAAUGAAAUAAGAAAAAGUGAGGAGCUUUUUGGUGUGGUUGCGAACCGUCAAGCGCUAACUGUAUUCUCGCAAUCGGAUUUCGAGAAAAAUAGAGAAGAAAGAGGGUUGAACUUUUUUCAAUUCGCGUGUUUACGAUUUCUCUAAAUUCGUUAGCUGAUCUCUGUGCUUGAUGGACGUAUCCUGAGUUUUGCGGUAACAACCGCAGUCAAUUUUGUUUUUUUGAGAAUUGUAGAGACGAGUCACGGUUUCAAAUCAAGGCAAAUUCAUUGCUAAUUACGUACAGCCUAAUUCCGCUCUACGGGGUUGAGUCACAUUAGCGUAUUUUUGCAGUGUCACCUAUCAAGGAUAGAUCACGUAUCGCUGUCGAGAAACGUUAAUGUUUGAAAUAAUUAAUUACGGAAUUGCUUACGACGUUUCGAAUGGGAUAUUCAUUUAAGAUCCUUUUUCGUGGACCACGAUUGACGCGUUAAGUAUUAUCAUUCUUGUUAUUGGUUGGCGGAUUUAGUUAUAAGCUUUGUCAUCAAUAAUUUUCUCUUUUGUUAGCUUGCAUUUUGAUCUUGUCUCGCGAGUAUCGAAUUUAGUUUCGAAAUUCGUUGCAAUUUGUACAUUACAUAUUGGGACCCUUUUGUUCCUUUUUUUUUUGUAUCAAUAUUAUUCCACUGAAUAUAUCAAUGUUUUGGUUUUAUUUUGUUUAAUUGUGUUGCGUCAACGAGUGUUCUUCCUGUCUCUCCGAAACAUCACCCCUUCCCCACCCCGUGAUACUGUCGUGGGCAGCCGAAAAUUAACCAGCGGUGGAGAUUAAGAGGCGUGUUGAUUACGCCACGUGCCCAACAAAACCUUAUAAAUGUUAAAGCUAUCAUCGCGGUUCGCCGAAUUAUAGUGAACGAGGUACUUUGUAAUUUUUGCGGGUUGCCGAGUGCAUCAAAAAUCCGUGUCACAACUUGUACGACCAAUAAUAAACUGUUGAUUAUUCGACAAAUUUUCUAAAUCAAAUUCUUAAUUGAAUUGUGCACCCAAAAUUCAUAUCGCAGUAACAAGGAAUAUUAUAAACUAUAAACUGAAAAUUGACAAAUCUUCGAAGCUUCGUAACAAGGAGAAUUAACUCGAUAACAGGCGUUUGAAGAUUAGUAAGUCCCAUGGAUGCCGUGCCGUUUUCAUAUGUCGGCUGUCUAUAUUUCGAUUAGAUCGUUCGUGCUAGAAAAAGCUUCGUGUGAAACAAGUCGUCGUACAUUUUGAUUCUCAAUCUCUGCUGUACGAAUGAAUAAAAAUGCAUAAAUGUAAUAAAAUAAAUCCUGCAUUCAAAAAGUCGGAUGCACAAGGUCGUAAUGUGGGGAAAUUUUUUGAGGAUUCCCCCGUAAAAGAUUUACGAAUCCCGUGAAGUUCCCAUAAGAAUCCCACGUAAGAUUUGGCAAAAUCCCCACAAAAUUGACUAAUAAAACAAUUAUCAUCUAUGCUUAUACGCAGCAGUUACCUGUUUUAUCAUUGGACUCCGUGGAGUUACUAAUUUCAUUAUAAUCGUCACGCCUGAGUUAGGUCUUUUAUAAUCGGCAUCACUAAAGUUGAGUGAAUUUUGUUGAGGGCAAUCGUUAUAACGAGGCACGUUUUGGCGAGCCCCUGACAUAGCAACCAUGGUGUAGGUGUACCAGAACAAUAUUGUGUGUCACGUAAACUAAACUUUGGUUCAUUUUGGUAGCUAUGACAGCAACUCGCCAAAAAACUCCCAUGCAGUAUAGACAAUAUUUUGUCCUUUCGAGCACUACCGUAGCACGUUGCUACGGUAAAUGUGCUCCAAACUAUUCGCUGUUUUU